AUUUCAGCGAGUGUGUUCUUGGUGAAAUCACGGCUAACGUUCGCUGCUCCUCGGCCAUGUCUCCAUGUCUCCGCCUUUUCUGCAGCUCCACACCAGCAUGUUUUGACCUCCUCCCCUUCUUCCACUGUGAUUCAGGGCUGUCCCAACAACAAGAGCCACCUCUCGCAGCAGAGCACACGGACAUUCCGUACAGGAGGCAGAAACGCUGAAGGCUUUGCGCAUAGAAACGUUAUUCAGCGAGCCUUUGCCCCGCCGCGGGCUGAUCGGGGAAUGAUGUGGGUUUGGUACUUUCUGCUCGGUUCGGGAACGGGCUCUGGAUCAGUCGAUUGCCAGCUUUUUCCUGGAAAUAACUUUACGACAGAGUGCAACAUUCCAGGAAACUUUAUGUGUGGGGAUGGCGAAUGUAUUCCUGGAGAUAGGCAGUGUGACAACUCUCCGGACUGCUCUGACAAGAGUGACGAGAAGGGUUGCUUGAAGUCAAAGUGUGGACCCACAUUCUUUGCUUGUGCAAACGGGGUCCACUGCAUUAUUGGUCGCUUCCAGUGUAAUGGCUUCAGGGACUGCCCUGAUGGCAGCGAUGAAGACAACUGCACUGCUAACCCUUUGGUGUGUUCAUCUGCACGCUUCCACUGUAAUAAUGGACGGUGUGUAGAUCGCAGCUUUCUCUGCAAUGGAGAGGAUAACUGUCAAGAUAACAGUGAUGAAGAGAACUGCCUUACAACAGCAGAAUACCCAGGACAGGACGUUGUGACUCUGGACUAUCGACUACACUAUUACCCCAGUAUCAUGUAUGCAGUUAUUGGCAGUGCCAUCAUCUUUGUCCUGGUAGUGGCACUGCUGGCUCUUGUCCUGCACCAUCAGAGAAAGCGAAGUGUCCUGCUGCCACAGGGGGUCUACAGAGGCGCCUGCCACCAACCUCUCCUGCUGUCCCGGCUUGUCAUAGUGGACAGAGGACAUGUCCGUCCUGGAGGCCAUGGCCUUUCACCCCAGUAUCCGUCCCCAUCAGAGACAUUCAGCUCAGUCCAUAGUCUCCAGCUGCUCUCUCAUUCACAGUAUCCUAGAACUGUCAUAGACUUGCCACCAACAUACUCACAAGCUGUGCUGGAUGUUGGGCGACCCUCAUGGUUUGACCUUCCACCUCCUCCUUACCCUCCAGAGACUGAAGCUCAAUCUGAGUCAGAACCACCUGUCUAUGAAGAGCCAGUGGAAUCCACAGAAUCAGCCAUAGCUGCACCAUCUCAAACCCGGACCAACAACUCCAGCACUAACUCCAGCCGUGCAGAGGAGUCUCAGCAGCCACCACUGUAAAUCCAGAGGACGCGGACUGCUUGUACGUUAUGCAAAAGCUGUGCAGAGUGUUCAGAAAGACAAGCAUUGAUGACUGCGAAGGUUGCAGAAUUCACAAAGCACUUGUAUGGAAUGUUAGUGGCACCAUCUGGUGCCCAAUUAACUGCAUUACUCUUCUCAAAACCAAUGCUGUUGGCAGUCAAAAAAAAAAAAAAAAAAAGCUACAGAUGGUACUCAUCCCUCUUUUUAUUACUGCUGCAAUGUACAAAUGAUACUCUUGACCAGAGUAAUGGUAUAAGACUUUCACUUUGUGACAGCUAAAGCAGUUCAUCAUUCCCAUGAGUGGCAGUUUGAGUUACAGAAAAGUGUUCGAAAUGUUUCAUAAAGUGAAAAAGACAGUUGUUAUACUAUUUAAUUAUUGCCUGUGUACAAAGAGAUCAGUGUUAGCAUUCCCUGUGAGUCUGAUGAAAUUUAGGAAUGCAGAAACUGUUUUUGUGUAGAGGGCCUCUGUGCCAUGUCUUUAUGUUUAUGAACAUGUUUGAAGUAGACUAACACUUUAAGCAUUUUAUGCUCUAAUUCUGUGUUAUGCUCUUCACGUACAGCACUGGGAACAGUUGUUAUAUGUAAUGACUGCUCUCUUCUGUCUCUGCUCCAGACAGAUUUACAAUGAACCUGCAGCUCUUUCUAAACCUGAUUAUUAUAGAUUAAUAAUAAUAAUAAUAAUAAUAAUAAAAACUUGUCUACAUAUGUCUGGCAUAAUGCACAACACCAAGAUGACCGAAUUAACCUUUUUUUUUUAUUAAUCUUUGCAGCAGCAGCAGUCAACUGAAACAAACCAUUCAAAACAAUACAUAAAUGAGUUGGAUUUUCCAACCUAAUUUAUAUUUUAUUUUUUCACAUUGAGCACAUUGGUUCUCAAACUUUUCAGGCAAAUUAUGGCCUUCAAAUCAGAGUGCCUAAUCUCCAGGUUUAAACGCAAGCUUAAGGACAUACAACAAUAAACAUACACCAGAGUUUGAUUAAUUUCAAUAACGCAUUAGUCCAGAUAGAUUGAGUCUGAUCAGACAGAUACAUCUGGAAGUGUUAUAAUUAAAAAAAAAAAAAACAUUAUUUUACAAUCCAUCACUGCAAUCCAAUUUAAACAAUAAUAUCCAAUAAAUAAAUAUAAAUUUUGACUA